AUGGUCGAUUGAUGAUUUCCUGAUGGGAGGUGUUGCUUAUCGCUCCCCGAAUCUCUUCUGCUCACUAGAGGACAGGACGCUCCAGGAGCUGCAUGCACACAAUGGACUAAACCUCCCAGAGAGAUCAAUAUUAUCAGCUGUGAAACCCUUCACCGCAAAGAAGACACUUCCUUAUAUUCUCUGGUCGCUCAGACCUCAUCAGAUCCCCUGCUAUGAUUCAGAGGAAUGAGAUUGUGCUAUCUGUUCUGGAGGAGCUCCAGGAGGCCACAGAGCUCUCUGGACUGGACGCUCUGACCAGAGUGGCCCUGGAGGUGGACCAGGUCCUCACUCCUUUCCAGCUCCCCAGGACGCCCUGUCAGAAUUUCCCUGAGUGGCCAGGCGUCGACAGCGCAGCUCAUGGCCUGUACCCAGCCGAUGCACCCGAUGGCCUUUUGCCUUUAAACUGUAAGGGAGAAGGCAACGUACUGUUUGACGCAGUUAGUAUGCUGCUAGUGGGCAACACUGUACUUAGCUUGGAGCUACAGGUGAGGACCGUAGUGGAAAUGGUGCUGUGGAAAAGAUACUACCUGUCUGAGAUGAUUGAUUCAAAAAUGAUGCUCCAGGCUGUACGCUUCAGUCUUUGUGCUGAAGAGUCUGAGGAUAUGCUGAACUUGCCCUUCACAAUCUUGGAGGCCAUUUUUGAUGCAGAUGUCAAAGCUUCUUGCUUCCCUGGUUCCUACACUAACAUGUGGCACGUGUACGCACUGUCAUCGGUCCUUCAGUUUAACAUCUACUCCAUCUACCCCAUGUUCAACCUCAAGAUCAGACCAUAUUUCAACCGAGUCGUACGUCCAAGGACCUGGCCUAAAGACUCUGUGCCAGUAACCCUCUACAUCAUGUGGUCAGGUGAGCUGCAGUCUGAUGAAUCUUUCAGGCCGAAUCAUUUUGUCGCGCUUGUCCAGACCAGCGACCUCACAUUUGGAAGUCAUGACAGUGAGCAGAAGGCAUUGCCCAUAAAGAGCGAGGAGCUGUUGAACCAGGACUUGACGUUGUCUUAUCCGAGCCUGAAGGACAAAUACAACAUCACCAAAAGGACCUUCUACCGCUGGAAGAGGCAGACGCAGGAGCAUUGCAAAAAGUCUGCAGCCAGAUAUGAGGCAAAGUAUUUCCUGCAGGCCUGCUACUUGGAGGGCAAGCUCAUCCCCCUGCAUCAAUUCAAAGAGUUCUUCCCUGAGAUUUCAAGGUCAACAUAUUACAACUGGAAGCAUGAGCUUCUGAAAUCUGGAGGGAACUUCUCAACAUCGUCUUCAACCGGAGAGGUAAGUCCUGGAGAGAGCACGGAGCAGGAGGCUUGGUCCUCACCUGAAGCAAAGCAGGAUGAACUGGACCACCAUGACUCCAUGGCUGGCAUGUUUGGCCUCUGCAAGCUGAAUGUGGAGCGGGCCCAGAAUGUGGCACAUAUGCAGGAAGCUAAGCGCUCUCUGCAGAAUUGCAUCGCCAUGAAUGCCUCCUUGCCCUUCAGGAUCUUCAAAAGAAACUUCCCAGGGAUUUCCAGAUCAACCUACUACAACUGGAGAAGAGAAGCUAUGAUGUUCAACGGAGGCUACAAAGGCAGUGUUGGCAGCAGUGAGGAUAGCUCAGAUGCUGACAAGAGCCACAGUCCAAAAAGUCUGUCAACAGUCCUACCUAACACCAGCCAGCUUGUCAGGCCCAAACUGAGGAUCUGUAGGCAAAAACACAGAAGUUUCAGGCUGGCAUACAUGAGUAAGAAACAGCUCAGAGAUGCUGCAAAGCUGCAUGUCCAGAAAUCAAAGUGGUCCCUGACAAAGUUCAAGCUCAAGUUCCCAACCAUGUCCCCUUGCUUCUACUGGCUGUGGCGUAGCAGUCAGAACCACAAGAAGAAGAUGGCCACCCAGGAGAUCAACCUUCCAGAGAGUCUGGAGAGCACCACUGCAGAAAACAAACUACUGGAGAGAAGGAUGGAAAGUCAGCAUGCGCUUCCAUUUGUUGAGAGUCCUAAGUUUCUAAAAAAUGCCACCAUGUGCUCCUUUGCCCCACAUUUCAAGCACACCCUUCACGGCAGAACGUCCAUAGAUGAGCAGAUGUUUGCAAUGGAUGUUGUGACUCUGGCCAACUUCAAGGCCAAGGCCAAGCUCUUCCUGCAGCAACGCUUUGAGGAGAAAUCCUUCCCCACAUUUAAAGAAUUCAGGUCUUACUUCCCCUUCACUCCCCGUUCAACAUACUACAUGUGGAAGCGAGCUUUACAUCAUGGGUUGUCACUGGUUCAUGGAUAAAUGCACAUUGCUUUUAUCCCAUAAAAAUGGGCUUUCUGGAGCAGGAUAAGCACAAUUAGAAAUUUUGGUCCCCAAAACACAUUUCUCUCUCUGCCUCUGUACCCUGUUAUAAACAUACAGCUGAAGUUCUAAAAGACUAUUAAGUAUACUGACUUAGCAUCUAAAUGCAUUGUGUCCUUCCUCUGCCCCACCACCACGGUUCAUUCCUCCCUCCUGGACAUUUGCACGUGUGUGAAAAGAAACGGAGUCCUGGGUCUGUUUAAACCCUGCAUGUUGUCCUCCAGGCAAAAGGCAGUUCAAAGCUGUUAUUUAGAGGCAUUUUGUUUGAACCUGUUUCUUCUCCAUUCUCUUUAAAUCCCUGCUAAGCAUUACACUUGGCGCCCUUAUUAUUAUUGUUAUAUUUUUCAGUUUUCAUUGUUAGUGCUUUAAAUUUAUUCUUAGUUUUUUGAUUCUUUGAAUGUGAAGAGCAGUCGGUAUUUGUUUUAAGAGAUGACUACUUCUUCAGAUGUCCUCUGUAAACAGGGUUCUUUUUCAUAUUUCUUUUUUUUUUGAUUAUUGAAUGUACUCACCUCAGGGAUUCACAAGGUGUACAGAAGCUUUAGGUGGUUAUGUCAAGAGUCUGGCAUUUUAAAAUGCCCCUACUGUGAAGUCAGUUUUGUCACACUAUAUUUGCACUAAAAAUUGUUUCCAUUACACAGCUGAAUGUAUUGUCUUAACCAUUUUGCACACACUGGUUACAUAUACUGUUUUUGAAAAUAACUUAAAACAGAAUAUAAAUGGAGAUAUUUUAUUUUAUUUUAUUUUUUUGUACACCUCAUUUCAAAACUACCUAUUUCCCUGAAAUAUGGAAAAUUAGCCUUUAUAAGCUACUUUUGUUGUAAAUAACAUUCCAUUCCACUUUUCACAUAGACAGGUGUGUUUUGCAGAACUGCUGCUGUAGUACUGCUGAAUAACAGACUUCAGUUUACAUGUAUAAUUUUUUUAAACAUUUAUUUUUCUUCCCCAUCAUGUCUGAAAUUGGUGCUGGUGAUACUGCCAGACGUCAUUAUAUUCAGUCAGUCAGCAGGUGAGGCAGUUUGUACCGGCUGUAUAUCAAUAAACUACUGACCAGCAUCAGCCCUUUGCUUCACUUUCUGCCCAGUCCUCAUUGUGGGUUUUUUUUUUUUGCUGCUGUAUUUCAUUUAUGACUUUAGGAAGUGGUUCUUUAUUUUAGCUUGUCAACAUGAGCCAUCUCUAAGAAAUUGUGGCAGUCACUACUUGUUUUAUGCUGUACGGUAUCUAAACGCAGCCACAGCAGUAAGUCAGCCAACUUUAAACUGUAAAUUUCCUGAACUGUUGGCUCUCUUCCAUGUCAGUGAGCUAUUGUUCUGGCUCAAAUGAUACUAGUAACCCCCCUUCAGAACAUCUAAUCUUAUGUCUCAUCAGCUCUAUCUUGAUGUCAUGUUUUGGUAGAAUCGGUUGGAAUGGUUAACAAAUUGUUUACUUUAUUGUCAUAAAUCUGCACUAUGUUGUAACAUACAGUACAUGUCAGUUCUUGCCGAGUUAAUUCAUUCAACUAUGAUGCAUAAAGAAAGCAAAAAAGGACAAAAUCACUUCGUGACAGGUUAAACCCACGGUUAAAGAAUAGCAGAGAGCUUUGAGGCUGGUUUUGUGUUUUUUGCUCACUGUCUGCUCUGUUUAGCUAUUGUGCUUAUGCUAAUGAAGGUAAUAGUCUACAGUGGGUGGGAUGGAGAAUGGAGAGGGGGGAAGGGGUUUAAUUGCAUGCGUGAGGAUAGAGGUGUUUGAGAUAAGGCUAACAUCCAAGAGUUUGGGGGAGGGCUAGUGGUAAAGACAGAAGGAGGGGUUGGGGGCAGGGGAUCUGUGGUUUUCAUCAGGCGAUUCAACAGAGAUGUCUGGCAAAGUUGGAAAUUACACAGCUACGCAUCUUGAAUCUUGAAACCAUGUUCUGACUGACCCAGCAGGUCUAAGGAGUAAUCAAAGCAUCA